CUCUUACUACCCCCAUUAAACUCAGGAGAGAGAGAGGGAGAGAGGGAGAGGGAGAGAGAAGAGGCCGAGGCUCGUUGGAGAGAGAGAGAGAGGGGGGGGCUCCGCGAGGAAGGGAGAGAGGGCUCGGCAACUCCAUCGCCGCCCUUCGAUCGCUCCUCCGUAGCUCGAUUCCGAUCCCGCAGUAGUGGUUAGAGGCCUCGUUGCUUUUGCGUGCCGUUGUGCUCUGUGGCGAUCCAAUGGAACAGUAUGAGAAGGUGGAGAAGAUCGGAGAGGGGACAUACGGAGUGGUGUACAAGGCGCGGGAUCGGGUCACGAACGAGACGAUCGCGCUGAAGAAGAUCCGGUUGGAGCAAGAGGAUGAAGGAGUCCCGAGCACCGCCAUUAGAGAGAUCUCGUUAUUGAAGGAGAUGCAGCAUUGCAAUAUAGUCAGGUUGCAGGAUGUAGUUCACAGUGAGAAACGGAUAUAUUUAGUUUUUGAAUAUUUGGAUCUGGACCUGAAGAAGUACAUGGAUUCUUGCCCAGAGCUUGCUAAAGAUCCACGCUUGAUUAAAAAAUAUCUUUAUCAGAUACUUCGUGGAAUUGCCUAUUGCCAUUCUCACAGAGUUCUUCACCGAGAUCUAAAGCCGCAAAAUUUGCUAAUCGAUCGUCGCACUAAUGCUCUGAAACUUGCAGACUUUGGGCUAGCCAGGGCUUUUGGUAUUCCUGUCCGUACAUUUACCCAUGAGGUCGUAACUCUGUGGUACAGAGCUCCAGAGAUCCUCCUUGGAUCCCGGCAAUAUUCCACACCUGUUGAUGUGUGGUCUGUGGGCUGUAUUUUUGCUGAAAUGGUGAAUCAGCGGCCUUUGUUCCCUGGGGAUUCUGAGAUUGAUGAACUAUUUAAAAUUUUCAGAAUUCUAGGUACCCCAAAUGAAGAAACUUGGCCAGGGGUUAGUUCGUUACCUGACUUCAAAUCUGCUUUUCCCAAGUGGCCCCCUAAGGAUCUGGCGACAGUUGUUCCAAAUCUUGAACCAACUGGUGUUGACCUUCUCUCUAAAAUGCUCCGAUUGGAACCGAGUAAAAGAAUUACAGCUCGGCAGGCUCUGGAGCAUGAGUACUUCAAGGACAUGGAACUGGGGCCAUGACUUAUCUUCAUGUAUAUUUUUCUCUUCAGCUUUGUGAGAUAAGCAGCUUUAUUUCUUGUAUUUUGUGUGAGGGUUGUUCCAUUUUCUUCCCCCGCUUUCUCUGUUUUUGCCUAUCUAGAUAGCAUGAAGCUCUUUGUUUUGUCCGGUAUCUGCAAAACACUCCGAUGGCAUUGCUUUUUGGUGUUUCAUUCAUCCAUGCCUCAAAAAGACAUUAUGCCCAUUAAGUAGGCUUGCUAGAACUCUGCAGUUUCAAUCAAGAACAAGUGUGAGAACUGUAUAUUUUCAUCCAGCUAUUGAAUAUCUUGGCAUUUUGGUUGAUUAA